AUGACCAUUCUGUCCCUAGGACGGCUAGCUUUCCAGCAGCUGGAGAAGGGCAAUCUGAUCUUUUAUGAAAAAGACCUGAGAGAGUGUGGCAUGAAUGCUGAAGAGGCCUCAGAUUAUUCAGGAGUCUGCACCCAGAUCUUCAGGGAGGAGUCUGGGCUGUACCAGGAGAAGGUGUUCUGCUUUGUUCAUCUGAGCAUUCAGGAGUUCCUGGCAGCUUUGUAUGUGUUUCUCAGCUUCAGUAACAAAGACAGAAACAUGUCUGAUCAACAACAAACCUCUGGGCUCUCUGCUCUGUUCAGAGCUGCAACACUUCAUGACCUGCACAAGACUGCAGUGGCUCUUGCCUUACAGAGUAAGAAUGGACACCUGGACCUUUUCCUCCGCUUCCUUCUGGGCCUCUCACUGGAGUCCAAUCAGAAACACCUACAAGACCUACUGUCACAGAACAGCAGCCAAUCACAGAACUCAGUAGAUGCAGGCCAGUAUGUUAAAACGAAGAUCAGAGGUGAGAGGAGGUCACACAGAAGGAUCAACCUGUUCUAUUGUCUGAAUGAGCUGAAUCAGCAUACUGUAGUGGAGCACAUCAACAUGAAGGAAGGAACGCUGUCUGUAGAGAUGCUGUUACCAGGAGAGUGGAGGACUGUGAAAUUCCAGCUGACGAUGUCAGAAGAGCACCUGGAUGGGUUUGACCUGCAGAAAUACCUGAAGACCCCAGAGAAAGACCAGACUGAUCUCCUCAGCCCUGAUGAUGUUCUCCAGAAGCUGGUGCCAGUGGUCACAACAUCCACCAAGGCAUGGUGUGGGGCAUCUUGUACACCUGACCAAUCCCUGUCCUUUGUCCACCUGGAUUGA